CAAUAGUCAGAAAAUAAUAAAACAUACAAAUAAAUAUUCAAAAACUUAAAUUCAGCCGUAAAAAACAACUAAAAAAUAAUGAAUACCUGUGGAAUAGAUGAAGAUUUUUUGGACUUUGAAUCAAAGGUCAGUCAAGUUAUGAAAUUGCUGGAAGACAUAAGCAAUGCAAAUAAAAAAGAAGGCGAUGAAGGAACAUCUAAAAAACCAACAAAAAAUAUAAUGGAUGAAAUUAAUGUAAAUGAUUUUAUAAUUACGGUUAAAGAUGACCGCACAUCAAUUAACAAAAAAUCAACAAACAAAAUCAAACCAAACGAUGAUAAUAGAAAAGAUGAUGUUGCCGAAAUGGAUAAAUUUACGUUUAUGAAACAGCUAGAACAAGAUGCCGAAGAAAGAACUAAAAACAAAAGAGAACGUGAGAAAAUAGCGCAUAAUUUUAGAAGUUUAGGUAAUGAAGCUUUUCGUAAACAAAGCUAUGAAAAAGCUAUAAAUAUGUAUACAAAAGCUAUAGAUCAUGUUAAGGAUAGCCCUAUAUUGUACAAUAAUCGAGCCUUGUCUUAUAUGAAAUUGAAAAACUAUAAACGUGCUAUUAUGGAUUGUGAUUAUGUUUUGAAUAAAUUGGAAGAGAAAAAUCUGCGUAGUUGGUUAUAUCGUGCUGCUGCUUAUAAACGUUGUGGUGAUGAAAAGAAUUACGAAACCAGCAUUAAAUUGGCUCGUAAAAACAAUCCCAAAAAAGCUGAUUAUAUUGAUGAUUUUUUGGAAAAAUUUGCUAGAGAAUCAAUUUAAUUUUUUUAUUACAUUUGUAUUACUUCAGAACUUUGAUGCAAUAAAAAUCAUUAUUCGAA